UGAGCGGGGCCGCCCGGUGCUCGCUGCGGGGUCCGGGGGAGCCCCGCGGGGGGUUCAGGGCUGCGGGGUCCCCGAUUCCCUGCGGGUCAGUGCUGAGUCCCCCGCUGAGGCUUUGCCCCCUCCUUCCUUCCCUCCGCCUUUCCCGGAGCUUUUCCCGGGCGCUGCUUCCCCCCAAGGCCUCCGGUGGGGUCCGGGCCCGGUUCGUGACCUCCGCUUCUCGGCGCCAUGUGGUCCGUGCUCUGGGCUGCCGUGCGCUCCAAGGCCCCGUACGUCACCUUCCCGGUGGCCUUCGUGGUGGGGUUGGUGGGCUACCACCUGGAGUGGUUCCUCCGCGGGGAACCCCCGGCCACGGAGGAGAAGAGCAUCUCGGAGCAGCGGGAGGAGCGGAGGCUGCAGGAGAUCGCAGGCAAGGACCUGACCAACGUGGUGAGCCUGAAGGACAAGCUGGAAUUCGCCCCUCGGGCCGUGCUGAACAGGAACCGCCCGGAAAAGAGUUAAUAAAAGUUGUGUGAGCAACCGCGGGGCCCCUCGGGAGCUGCUGUCCCGGGGCUGGAGCACUGCCCUGA